GAACUUGGCCGAAACUUUCUGACCAGAAGAAUGGAGCCGAUAACAAAGUGGACACCGACUCAGGUUGUAGACUGGAUCAGAGGGCUGGACGACAGUCUCCAGCAGUAUGUUCCUCACUUCGAGAGAAAGAAGAUCAGUGGAGAGCAGCUUCUGAAGAUUUCCCAUCAGGAUCUGGAGGAGCUGACGAUGACCCGCGUCGGCCAUCAGGAGCUGAUUCUGGAGGCUGUGGAUCUGCUCUGCGCAUUGAACUGUGGCGUGGAGACUGAUAACUUGAAGACUCUGGUGGGUCAGAUGCGAGCAGCAUCCAAUAACUUGCACAACUGUGCCUCAGAGCGCAGGAAAAACCCUACUUAUGAUGGAGGAAGUCCAAACAAACCACCUAACGUGUUCCUCACCGCUGUGGUGGAGCUGAUAGGGGCUGCUAAGGGCAUGCUGGCCUGGCUUGACAGGUCUCCUCUGACAGGAAUCAGUGAUUUCACCUCAAUCAAAAACAAGAUCAUUCAGCUCUGUCUGGAACUGACCACAACUGUCCAGAAGGACUGCACAGUGUUUGAAAUGGAGGAGAAGAUAUUAGAAGUGUCAAGCGUUUUGACUGGCAUUUGCGAUUCCACCAUGAGGAUGACCUCUGACCCCUUAAAGAGUCAAAUGACCUGUUUGGAGGAAGUCACCAUCACUGAUAUCAAAGCAGCCGAGGGAAUGGGAAUUUAUAUCAAAUCCACUUACGAUGGGCUGCACGUCAUCACCGGAACCACGGAAAAUUCUCCAGCAGACAGAACUCAGAGGAUUCACGCAGGCGAUGAGGUGAUUCAAGUCAACAGACAAACAGUGGUGGGCUGGCAGUUGAAGAAUCUGGUGGAAAAGCUCAGAGAAGAUCCUCAGAAUGUGACACUGAUGGUGAAGAAAAGACCAUCAGGUACCUGCAGCUUCACACCAGCACCGCUGAAAAACAUGCGCUGGAGACCCCCUGUCACCCAGAGCCCAUCGUAUGAGCCUGCCGCCCAGUCAUCCAGAAAUCCUGUGCAAAUCAAGCGUCCGGAGAAACCUGCAAUUUUAGAUCUCUAUAUUCCUCCUCCUCCUUCCAUGCCAUACAGCCCACGGGAUGCAGAGACGAGGGAAUAUGCAGCAGUAAAGAUGAGACCAAAAGGUUCAGAGUCGCCCAACUCAUCUCUGGAUUUAGCUAGUAGACGGCGUUCAAAUAUCAGUGACUACAACAGCAAACCUAGUGUAAACCCAGCUGAGGUCGCCGCCCCAAAAGCGCGACUGAGACAGCGCACCCCAUCUAGAGGGAAGCCACGUCCCAUGUCCAUGCCAGUAGACACAUGCCUGAGCGUGUCGGACUCCCCCUCCAGACCCUGGGCUCUUGGACGGAAAGGUGAUGAGAUCUUGCACAGGUACCUGAGUAAUGAACAGAUCCCCACCAUCUCAGAAGAGUCGCCCUGUUACCCGCUGCCCUACCGCCCCACAGGAGAACGCCAGCUCGUCCGAGGGGUCGACCACAUCCGUGGCAGCCAGUGCUUUAUCAACGCAGACCUGCACAGCAGCGCCACCAUACCCUACCAGGAGGCCGUCGCUCGGAAGCCUGCAGCCAAAUCCUCCAAGAGACGCCCCUCAGAAGCCUCAGUGUUCAGCAGCUGGAUCGCCCGACUCAAGCUGCUCACACACAGGCUCCCGCGAGCGUCCAGAGGCGCUUCACAAACACUGGCUGCGAUGUCUGCGAGCGGCAUUUUCCGAGGAAUAAAACACCUGCAGGUUUUCACAUGCUGGUUACAGCUGGUAGAGGACAUCUUUUUAUUGUUCUCCUAUUUGAAGGCAGCCGAGGUGAAUCAAAAGAGUCGGACCGAGUCAUACCCUCUUCAAGACUUUGCCGCUGAGAGGUUUCAAGGAGAUGACGUGAUGAGCCGCAGAAAGGUCUCGGUGAAAGACCUGGGCCAGGGCGACUGUCAGGGCUGGUUGUACAAAAGGAGGGAGAGCAAAGGGCUCUUGGGCUGGAGGUGGAAGAAGUUUUGGUUUGUGCUCAAGAAAUGUUCGCUCUACUGGUACACGUCAGACAUGGCAGAGAAAGCCGAAGGCUACAUCAACCUGAGAGACUUCACCAUAGAACAGGCUACCGAAUGCAAGAAGAAGUUUGCAAUGAAAGCAAGCCACCUCGACAUGCUGACACUCUACUUUGCAGCUGAGAACAUUAAAGACAUGAACAAAUGGCUGGCUAAACUCACCCAGGCUUCAAAUGAACCUGAGCCCACAGACUCAACAGAUGGAGAGUGCUACAGUGAGGAGAGUGACGAUGAGGAUGAAGCAGACACCGCUGAGGUGUGUGUGGAGUACAUGGAUCAGCUGACUCCUGGCUCUCUGCAUGGCUGUCUCCCGCCUCCCCGCUCCUCUUCCUCUCCAUGUCAGGACUCGUUCCCGCUGGAUUCUCAGGCGUGUAACCGCACAGAGACUCAGAGUGCAGACAGUGAGUCGUGGCAGGAGCUCAGCUCAGAGGAAGACCCCAUCCAGAAAAUACAGGAAUUCAAAGGAAGUGACUGCCCCCCGUCUGAUGAGAUGGAGAUGCUGUAUCUUCACCUCAAGCAAGUGAGUCUGUCCCCCACAGGAGCCCUGCAGCCCACCACCAAACAUGACUUCAGGUCCUCCUUCAUCAGACGCUGCAAGAAUGAGAGCAUUAAUGAGAAACUGCACCUGAUUCGAGCUUUAAACAGCACUUUAAAGGCGAAGGAGGCCGAUCUGCAGGCCAUAGAGCAGGUCUUGAGCGAGCCGUCUCUGAGCGCUUGUAAAUACAGACAGUGGCGAGAUGCUAAUGUGCUCCUGCUGCAGGAGAUCGGAGAGAAACACAAGAGAGCCGUGGAGCCACAAGCCCAGGAAGCUCUGGUUCAGACUCAGCCUCAGUGUCAGUCGCUCUUCAGCACAGCCAUCAAAGUGUACACCGAGACCAGCCUGUGAAGAGCAGGGGACCUUUACAGACAUCAGCGAACUGUGUGAAGACAGAAGAGCACAGGAACACAAACCGAGCAGGGCUUCCAGGACACAAAUGAAGCUUCGCUGAAACACUUCAAACAGAGGCAGAACACAGUAAAAUGACCUCAAUUUGGAUUCAUUUGAUAUCAGUUUUCUCUGAAUUGGACACAUAAGAGCCUAGCUCGGUCAUAACUCAUUUCUGAAACAUGUAGUUACUGCAUUUUGCCUUUGUAGUUCAGAGGAACUGUAACUAAUGAAUAAAUUACAAUUUUGUGUUUUGAUAAAGAAAAGUGGGAGAAAAAUAUGUGGAUGUUCUGUAAACUUUACUCAAAUAUGAAAUGGUGAUUUUAAAGGGAAUAUGAAUCACUCGUGGAUUCAUAACAACAGUCUGUUGUCUAGUUUUUAAUGCAGUGUAUACAUGAUUUUCUCCAGAUUGUGGAUUGCACACAGGACGAGCACACUCUUGCAUGUGUGUGUCUUGUAUUAGUUACCAUUCACUAUACACAUAAAUCUAAGCUUAGUUCUCUCUUCUAUUCUUAAACGUGUUUGUAUUUGAUGUUUUUAGAAGUGGCAUCUUGUUUAUCUGUUUUUAACAAGACGGUCUCUUUUAGAUGUACACAUUUUAGCAUUUUACAACUGAAAAUUAAUAUCUUGGGUAUUGUAGAUUUUUGUAUAAACUGCUGAUUUAAUUGUAUAAAUGUGUACUUGGUCUUUUUGGAGUAAUUCAUGCUGAAGGUGUGAAAUAAAAAUGGCUGUGUAAUA